AUGAGUAUGAGGUCCAAACAACUAUCUUCACUGACUUGUCUACUCUUUGUGAUCUGCUGCUGUCAUGGUGGAAAUAUCCUGGUGUGGCCUGAGGACGGCAGCCACUGGCUGAACAUGAAAGUCAUUUUGAGAAAACUCCACAGCCACAGUCAUAGCCUUACUGUGGUGCGUUCGUCUAAAAGUUGGUAUAUCAAAGAGAAUUCUUCCCUCUACAGCACCAUCACGGUCAACUCAGUGGAGACUGAAGAUGUUGGCCCUGACUACUUCAAGAUGUUGAUAGAGAGGUCGCUGGCACUACAAAGGAUGUCGUCUUUUUUUCGUUUCUUGGAACAGCAGAAAGAUAUCGCCAACAUACUAAAGGUAUUUCACAACGGAGCGCUCCGAAUGGUUUCUGCCAUUUUUGACGAUGCAGCGCUUGUAGAACGCUUGCGAGAAGCUAAGUUUGACCUGCUGUUAACAGAUCCUGCGUUCCCAGCUGGUGUCCUGUUAGCCAAUUUCCUUCACCUUCCCAUGGUUUACAAUGUACGUUGGCUAAAUGCAGGGGAUGCUCACAUGCAAAUUGCACCCUCACCUCCAUCCCACGUCCCAAUGUACAAUUCAUUGCUCCAUGACCAAAUGAACUUCCUACAGCGGAUGGAAAAUUUCCUACGGUAUCUGUUCAGCCUCCUUCAGGAGCGAUACAUCAUCGUGCCCAUUUACAGAGAGCUGCUUGAGCGUCACUUCCCGCCCGGUACUGAUCUUCUGACAAUGCAACAAUCUGCUGACAUUUGGUUGAUGAGAAUGGACUUCGUUUUUGAGUUUCCACGGCCCACCAUGCCUAACAUGGUCUACAUGGGUGGCUUUCAAUGUCAGCCUGCUCAAGCACUUCCUACGGAGCUGGAAGAGUUUAUGCAGAGCUCUGGGAAGCAUGGAGUAGUCAUCAUGUCCUUGGGAGCAGUAGUCAGUGCUCUUCCUACAGCAAUCACAGAGGCCAUUGCUACAGCCUUUGCUGAGAUCCCUCAGAAAGUCUUGUGGAGGUACCACGGGGAACGACCUUCGACCCUGGGAAAGAACACUUUACUUCUAGAGUGGUUUCCACAGAAUGAUCUCCUGGGCCAUCCAAAAACUCGUGUGUUUGUAUCUCACGGGGGCACCAAUGGUAUCUAUGAAGCUAUUUACCAUGGAGUCCCAGUCUUAGCUUUGCCACUCCUCUUUGACCAGUUUGACAAUGUUCUGCGACUGCAGGUUCGAGGUGCGGCUCGAGUGCUUCAAGUCGCAACGCUCACCUCGCAAGAAUUCCUCGAAGCCCUCAAAGACGUCCUUGAGAACCCGCUGUACCGGAGCAGCAUCCGCAAACUGUCAGAGCUGCAUCACGAUCGGCCCUUGUCUCCUCUCGAUAGCGCCACUUUUUGGAUUGAGUACGUUAUUAGACACAAAGGAGCAGCUCACCUUCACUCAGAGGGAAAUAACUUGCCUUGGUACUCUUACCACAACAUAGAUGUGUUGGCCUUUCUACUGACGUUCACUGUGAUUGCUCUUUUGACCUUAGCAUAUGUCUGCAAGCUUUUGUGUUGCAGGAAGUCAAUCAAAAAGAGGAAGGUGGAAUGA